AACAAAUUCAUAAGCAACGGCUAGCUAUUUUAUAUUUUUUAGUAGCCAUAAAAAAAAAUAUUUGUAAAUAGAUUAAUUAAUUUUACUUAAAGGCAAAUGGAAUUAGAAUAAAUUAUUCAAUCUUUCGAAGAGAAAAUUAAUAUCAUCAAGUUAAAGAAAAUCGAUGUCAUAUUUUCUAAGCUUAAUCCUGAUCAGAACGAUAUAAUCUAUCUCAGAAAUCUACAAGAAACUAUUGGUUAAUUUAUGCCUGAAGAAGCAGACGACUUAUUAAAAUUUUUCAAUACUUUCAGUAAACAGACUGGUAAAAACCAAAUGAGCAGAAAGUAUUUUUACAUGAAUAUGAUGGCAGCGGCACAACAAAAUAAAUUUAAUAUCAAUAAAAUGCUUUAUGAUGAUGAUAUCAAUGAAAUACAAAAGAGUCUCUAAAACAUACGAUUAAAAAACAGAAUGCAAAAUUCAUAAUUAACUUAGAAAAGCUAAAUAUAAUAAAUGUAAAUAUCUACUAACUGCACUAAUGUCUCUUAAAAUUAUGGGAUAGUAUAAUUUUAAAAAGAAGAUCAAUAUGACUUAUAGUAGUAAGCCCAUUCUAAUUUGUAAAAAAUCUAAAUUAGCAAUUAUAAGGAAUAAAUACUACAAAACUAAAUAUAAAAUAAUAUGCCAUAAUUUUAACAGUCAAAUGAGUAAUAAAAUUGUUAGUAAAAUUAUAUUCCAAAAACUGAUAAAACAAAUCAAUCAUUUAACUAAAUGUUUUCAACAAGUUCUAAUUAAGUUAACAGCUCUAAUAAUUUUUUAAAUAAUAUUUCAUCAGUUUAAACUACAAACAUAAGCUACAUUAAAAAUGAUGAUAAUUAAGUUAUACCUCACAUAGAAAUAUCUUUAAAAAAUGCAAUUAGCACUCCUAUGAUUCCUGAUUAGGGUGUUAAAGAUUAAUACUUAACCUCCUCAGAAAGUAGCGCUUAAAAAACUUUGCAUACAUCGAAAGAAAAUUAAUUUUCAGCUAAUAAGUUAAAUAAUAAUAGUUUUUGCAAUAUCAGUGCCAUAUAGAAUGUGAGCUAAGGUGACUCUGCUUUAAUAAGUCAAGAGGAUUAAGAAAAUCAUAAGCAUCAAAUGAACAAAAGAUAAGAAGACAGUAUAUUACACUAAAAUUUUGCAAAAAAUAAAUAAUAAAAUAGUAAUUCUACAAGGUUUAUCACAAAUAAGAGCAAUAAACAUAGCUAAAGUAGUGAGAGAAAUAAUAUAUUAUAAAAAAGCCAAUAAAAUAACUCAGCAUAAGUAAGAGAAAAUAUUAAUAAUACAAAUGUUUUGUAACAAAUAAACAAUUAAAAUUUAUUUUAAAAUUGCACUAAAAGUAAUCUUUAGUAGUCUAUAUAUGAAUAGGUUCUCAAGUAAAAAAAACCAGAAUAAAAUAUAAAUUAAUAAGUGUCACAAUCAAAAUCUAAUUAACCUGGUAUUGUUUCUACUUCGAUCCAUUAAGACAGCUUAAUAAAAAUAAUUAGUAGAGAUAAAAUUAUUAAAGACUUUAAAGAAAACUUUAGAGGCAAAGAAAAUUUCUGUGAUGAUUUUAUGGAACUGGAAAGUACAAUUAGAAGAUUAGAAAAAACAAAUCAUAGUCCAACAAACAGUUAAUUAAAUAAAACUGCAUAACAUGAAGGUACAACAAACUGUGAUACUUAAUUGUAACAUUUAAAUAAUAAGCAAUAAGUUAAUUAGAGUAGCUUUUAGUUUUUUUCUAAUGAUUCUAAAAAUAAUAAAAUAAUAAAUUAGAUUUAAAUCAACUAAUCUUUAAACUCUAUUUAAAAUAACAAUUAAAGAGAACAUACUCCUAAAGUGCUAAAAAAUAUAUCUAAUUCUAGUUCUAAUAUUAAAAUUAAAAACAAAGUAAACUAAGAAUAUUCUAAUUCUAAACAAAAAAAUUUAGAUAAAAGUUUGAGCAACUCCAAAAUUUCUAAAAGUUCUUAAAAAAAUAAAGAUUAAUCUUAAAAAGAAAAUACCUUUUCAAAAAACACAAUAGAUUCAAGUGUGAGAAGAGUGACGAGGAGCACAUCAGCAAAUAUCAUAGAUAAAAAAAGGAAUUAGAGCAAGUCUCCUUCAUAAGAAAAAAUGAACUAAAAACAAACAAUUUCAAGAAAAAUAUCCUCAGACUAAAUUCCAAGCUAUUUAAAGGAGAAAGAAAGAUCAUUGUCUUAAGGCAGAAGAGAAGAAAAAACACCAAUAAAAUUUUUAGAUUUUAAAUAAAAAUAAAUGCAAAAUAAAUAAAGUAAAUUUAAAAGUUAGAAAAUUAAAUAAAAUGAAUAAGAAAAAGAAAAUAUUAUUGAAAAAUUAACCCAUCCAAAGGUUUACUCUUCUGUUUCAUAAAAUAAAGAAAAUGAGCCAUACGUUUAAGUUUUAAAAAAUUCUUAAAUUUAAAACGAAUAAUAAAUUAAAUUAAGCUAAAAUGCUAACAGUUCUAAUUAGUAAAAGUUAACUACAGCUGCUCCAAGAUCUAAUGGAUAAUUUAAUUCAAUCAAAUAGAGUUUUUCUAUUGACAGAAUUAAAAAAAUUAACGGGUACCAAGAGCAAUUCAACAAAAAAAAACAAUAGCAGUAGAUUAAGUCAAGUAGAAAUCAUUCAAUUUCAAUAGCACAGGGUUCUUCUCAAGAGAAUUCAAUUUGUGGUUAAAAAAAAUCAAUAGAUGCCAACUAAAAUUAAUAAUAACAAUUUCCAGAUAAAGUGAUUAUUCCUAACUUUCUCAUUAAAGAUGCAAGCAGUUGUGAAGCAAUAUAACUGGAAGAAGAAAAUCCCUAGAAAAAUUUAAAGAAAAUUGAUCAUUCUAAUUUAAAUUAAUCUCCUUAGUAUUAGUAAUACUUUGAAAAAAUCAUAAUGUAAGAUGAAAAAAUUAGUAAAUAUUUUACAACAUAGAAUGAUGAUGAAAACAGUUAAUACAUCAAUAAUUAAAUUCAACCUAAUUAUAUUCAAAGUGAAUAUAUGAGUAAAAAGUAGUCUCACCACUCUUCAAAAAUGAGUGAUCAUUCUACUUUAAGAGAAUAAAAAUUUGAAGCCUUAGAAGGAAUAACUUUAGACUAAGAAUCAACUUCUAUUGAUUUAAAAGAAAAAAAAUCAUCUAGAGAAUUAAAAAAUAAACAUGAAACAAUUUACAAUUUAAUGAUUAACGAAGAUCUUUAUCAAUCAAAACAAGAUGAAGAAAGCCUGUAAUGUAAAAAAAUGAAUAACAUAAAUUUUGAUGAAAAAUAAAAUUAAUAAUAUUAAUUGGCUCCACCUUAAUUUGGGGGAUAUAACAACUACAAUUCGAAUCAAAGCUAACAAAACAAUUUACAAAAAUCUUUUCUUGAUAGUCCAAGCUAAUUUUUGGAAGUAUUAAAAACUAAAAUAGAGGAAGAUGAAAGCAAUGAAUUCAUUUAAGUUUAAAUGGAAAAUUUAAAAAAAAUUUAGUAAGAAAAGUAAAAACUCAUAUAAGAAGAAGCAUAAAUGCUCUAAUAAUUACAAAAGUCUUAAUUGUCUAAAGUAAGCUCUAGAAAUUCUCUGUCUAAUAGUAUAUAAUCUUAACUUUCCAUCAAUAAAUAAGCUUAGCUCUAAUAAGGAGCUCAAUAUAAUCUUAAAUAAUUUUAAGACAAAGCAUCACCUGGUUUACCUCUUCCCUAAAAGUAAAGUAGUAUUUAAUAAUAAAACCUAUCUCAGUAGCAAUAAUAGUUGAGAUCUUCAUAUUACUCAAAUAGUAAUAAUAAGCCAUUUAAUCAAUAGAAUUAAUAAUAAAAUGGUUACUAAAGUCAAAAAGUUAAUUCCACUAAUAAGCAGCUUUCUAACUUAGAAGAAAAAUAAGAUAAUAUAGAAUACAACAAUGCCAAAGAAGUUUAAUCUAUUAUAUUUCAAAAUAGUAACUACAAUUCCUUAAGUAGCCAAAGAGAAGUCUAAGGGUCUAUUGAUAGUGGUUAUAACUAUACAUCAAAUGCAGCACAAAAGUAUAGUGCAAACUCUAAUUCAUAAUAAUAAUCAUUUUAAAAUUAAAUUGAUUUUUAGAAUUUUUAUUCAAAACAAGUAAAUGGAAGCAUCUAAAACCUAAACAGUCAACCUGUUUCGUCUUAUCCUAAUAAUCAAAACAGCUCGCUUAAUUUUUCAUUUACUGAUUCUUGA